CUUUUUUGCCUAUAGUGUGCCCUAGAUUUCGGGUUUUAGGGUUUUAGCGAUGAGCAGCACGAGGAGAGCGGCAAAUGCCGCAUUCCAGGUCUGGCACCAGCGCUCCUUCUCUUCCGGUUGGAUUUCGGCGCUGCUGUCGAGAGGGAAUCUUCCUCCUCCUCUGGCUGCUCCAUUUUCCCCAUGGAUCCAGGCGCGCUACAUGGCCGCUCUUGCUCGCCCCGCCGCACUGGAUCAGUCGUGGCGAGACACGAUGAACAAGAUCCGAAAUAUCGGAAUCUCGGCUCACAUAGACUCUGGCAAGACGACUCUUACGGAGCGCAUCUUGUUCUACACCGGGCGGAUCGAUUCCAUCCACGAGGUGCGUGGCAAGGAUGGCGUCGGCGCCAAGAUGGAUUCCAUGGACCUGGAGCGCGAGAAAGGGAUCACCAUCCAGUCCGCAGCGACGCACUGCGUUUGGGGUGACCACCAGAUCAACAUCAUCGAUACUCCUGGGCACGUCGACUUUACGAUCGAAGUGGAGCGAGCUUUGCGCGUGCUGGAUGGCGCAAUUCUUGUGCUGUGCAGCGUGAGUGGUGUGCAAAGCCAGUCCAUUACUGUAGACCGGCAAAUGAAGAGAUACGAUGUACCUCGUCUGGCGUUCAUCAACAAGCUCGAUCGCGCUGGUGCCGAUCCAUGGAGAGUUAUCGAACAGCUUAGGAGCAAGCUGCGCCAUAACUGUGCCGCUGUGCAAAUGCCAAUUGGUCUUGAGGGCGAACAUCGGGGUCUCGUUGAUCUCAUCCACGAAAGAGCGUUUUAUUUUGAAGGAGCUCACGGGGAAAAACUUGUCCAGAAGGAAAUCCCUCCCGAGCUAAUGAAAGAGGCAGCUGACAGGCGGCGAGCACUUAUUGAAAUUGUGUCGGAAGUUGAUGACGAUCUUGCAGAAAGAUUUGUCAACGACGAACCGAUAACGCCAGCUGAACUUGAAGCGGCGAUUCGACGAGCUACAAUAGCGUUACGGUUCACUCCAGUUUUUAUGGGUAGUGCCUUCAAGAACAAGGGUGUCCAACUGCUUUUGAACGGAGUGUGCUCAUUUCUGCCGUGUCCCACCGAGGUCUCAAAUUACGCCUUGGAUCAAAAUAAGAAGGAAGAAAAGGUUGCGAUAACUGGGUCUCCAACUGGUCCCUUCGUAGCUCUGGCCUUCAAACUUGAAGAAGGCCGGUUUGGACAGCUGACGUAUUUGAGAAUUUAUGAAGGCACAAUUAGGCGUGGGGAGAAUCUACUCAAUGUUGUUACUGGCAAGAAAGUUAAAGUUCCAAGACUGGUGAAAAUGCACGCAGAUGACAUGGAGGACAUCCAAUCGGCACAUGCUGGAGAAAUUGUUGCAAUGUUUGGGAUAGAGUGUUCGUCAGGCGAUACCUUCACUGACGGUUCAGUAAGGUAUACAAUGACGUCGAUGACUGUUCCCGAACCGGUCAUGUCUCUCGCGAUCGCUGUUUCGUCAAAGGAUGCAUCAGCUCAGUUUUCCAAGGCGCUGAACCGAUUUCAGAAGGAAGAUCCUACCUUCCGUGUUAAGCUAGAUCCGGAAAGUGGACAGACCCUCAUUUCGGGGAUGGGGGAGCUGCAUCUUGACAUUUACGUGGAACGCAUGAAGAGAGAAUAUAAGGUAGAAGCAAGUGUUGGCAAGCCUCAAGUGAACUUCAGAGAGGCCAUCAGCACCAGGGCGGAUUUCAACUAUUUACACAAGAAGCAAAGUGGUGGCCAGGGUCAAUACGGUCGCGUGGAAGGCUACAUUGAACCGCUUCCAGAGGAUUCCGAAGUCAAGUUUGAGUUUAAAAAUAUGCUUGUCGGUCAAGCAAUUCCAAACAGCUACAUUCCUUCAAUCGAAAAGGGAUUCAUCGAGGCUUGCAACUCGGGCUCAUUGAUUGGCCACCCCGUUGAAGGAAUUCGUAUUGUCCUGACCGACGGUGCUGCUCAUGCGGUAGAUUCCAGUGAGCUUGCUUUCAAGCUGGCUGCUCUGUACGCAUUUAGACAGUGUUACCCUGCUGCCGAUCCUGUCAUUCUAGAACCAGUCAUGCUUGUCGAGAUCAAAGCCCCGACGGAGUUCCAGGGACCUGUGGUUGGCGACAUCAACAGGCGCAAGGGCAUGAUCGUCAACAGCGAGCAAGAGGGCGACGAUGCGGUUAUCACGUGUCACAUUCCUCUCAACAACAUGUUUGGAUACUCGACGUCGCUGCGAUCAAUGACUCAGGGUAAAGGAGAGUUUACAAUGGAGUACUACAAGCACUUGGGUGUGUCGGCCGAGGUCCAAAGGCAGCUAGAGACGAGCCACAAGAAGGGCAGCGAUGACAAGAAAUAAAAAAUACUAGGAAUCAUUUGAUCGAUUCGAUCACGAGCACACAACACUAAUUUAAACGAAAGUGUAAUAAAUUUGAAUUC